GACAUUGAAGUGUUUCUGGCGAUCAGGGUGGCCCAAGGAAUAGCCUCCCCGGGGUGCAGAAGAAAUGGCCGCUGAAUCAUUUAGUUUGUGCUUUUGCAUAGUCACACAAGCAACGUUUAAAGCUUGAAGGUCCCGCGGGUCUGUAUGUGUGUGUGUGUUUUUCUGACUGGCGGUCUGGUUCCACAGAUUUAAUCUCAAGGAAUUUCUGGCAUGCCAAGCAGAGACAUUGUUAUGGGUAGGUGGGGGAGUGUAAUGGUGCAACGGGAAGAUUUUAAGAGCCACAUACCCACGACUCGUUUCGCCAGUGAAAGAUAUAUCGCCCAGGCCAUGGGACUCUGCAUGGCACUAACAGUAGGCGAGUGAUGUGACAGCAGCCGUUCUUCGGGACAGGUUUUCAGGUGUCACGUGCCCCCCGACGUCCCUCCCCUUGCUCCACUCGGAGUGGCUGAGCCUGAAAUGGAAGGCAACUGCAAGUUUUUUAGCAAAUCUAAAGCUCGGGAGGAGCCUCGGGGACUUUCUCCCACCCCAACCCCCACCCAAAUGCACCCAACCCGUUCUCGAUUCACUUGAUAAAAAGCUGGAGAGGGCAGUCAUCCGGAGCAUUUGGCAGAUGCUCUCACCCUCGCUCCCUUCCUCCCUACCCCUGUCCCUCAAAACAAAGUCAAUAUUCCCAGACCUGGUUUUAAUUCGGGAUACCUUACACUAUUGAGGGUAUUUCAACCAGAACCUGGGAUAGGAGUGGUCGAGGAGAGCGGUGUGAGUAUGUGGGUACAGCAGGCAUCGGGAUGGGACGGUGUAAUAUGGCACGGAGCAGUCCUUUCAAACGUCCUGAUAAGAACGAAGCAGCAGCCCUAUGCCCCAACAGCCCAGCAAAUGACUCCACCAAGUCCGAACACCAAUAGUAGCAGUAACAGCAGCAGCGUCGCAGGGGAGCAGCUGAGUAAAACCAACCUGUACAUCCGCGGGCUCCACCCUGGCACGACUGACCAGGACCUUGUCAUGCUCUGCCAACCGUAUGGCAAAAUAGUUUCCACAAAAGCCAUUCUGGACAAGACAACCAACAAGUGCAAAGGCUAUGGGUUUGUGGAUUUCGAUAGUCCCGCGGCUGCACAGAAGGCAGUGUCUGCGCUGAAGUCCAGUGGGGUACAAGCCCAGAUGGCAAAGCAACAAGAGCAGGACCCGACAAACCUGUACAUCUCCAACCUGCCGCCAUCCAUGGAUGAGCAGGAGCUGCAGAAUAUGCUCAAGCCCUUUGGACAAGUCAUUUCCACCAGGAUACUGCGGGAUGCCAAUGGUGCCAGCCGAGGGGUUGGUUUCGCAAGGAUGGAAUCAACAGAGAAGUGUGAAGCAAUCAUUGCUCAUUUCAACGGGAAAUUCAUUAAGAUGCAGCCAGGAGUUCCAGCUCCUUCAGAACCUCUGCUGUGCAAGUUUGCAGAUGGUGGACAGAAGAAACGACAGAAUCAGAACAAGUACCUGCAGAAUGGCAGAGCCUGGCCCAGAGACGGAGAGCCGGGUACAAUGACACUGACCUAUGACCCAACCACUGCUUUGCAAAAUGAAUUUUAUUCCAGUCCAUACAGUAUUGCGCCUAACAGGAUGAUCGCACAGACAUCUAUUACACCCUACAUCACCUCACCUGUUUCCUCAUUUCAGGUCCAUAACCCCUCCUGGAUGCACCAUCAAUCAUAUCUUAUGCAGCCUAUGGGAACAGUAAUAACCCCCACAAUGGACCACACCAUGUCGAUCCAACCCACGUCAAUGAUGGGACCAUUAACCCAACAGCUUAGUCACCUCUCCCUGGGCAGCACUGGCACGUACAUGCCAGCCACCACGGCAAUACAAGGGACGUACAUUCCCCAGUACAACCCAAUGCCUCCCUCCAACGUAUCUGUUGAGGAAACCAGUGGCCAGCAGCAGCAGGUUGCUAUGGAAACGUCCUCUGAACCUGCAAGCUAUUCCUACCAGCACAGCAAGUAAACCCGAGAUGUGAGACUGAGAACGUGAAAGAAUCAGCUCUCCUGAAUCGCUGUGAACCAAACUCCUCUGGAGAGAGAAAACACAAAGAGAAAUUUUUUUGCACAAGAUUUGGAAACAAAAAAAACACACACAAAAGUUUUUCCUUUUAUUUGUAAGACAUUCAAGAAAGAAAAAAAAUACACAGCUAUUUUGAUAAAACUUUCUACUUCAGUUAAGCAGACAUACCAAACCGGUGGCAGAAUGUGGAAAAGAGGUUUAUUUUGAUACAGGAAAGAGAGCUUAUUUUUUUGGAAGUGCAUCUAUUGCAAAUCAUUAUUUAAGCAUUCUGAAACUGCUCAGAGUGAGAGAGGAGAAUAUUACACAUCAAAUGUCUUUUUAACCGUGAUUAGUUUUUUUUGGUUUUGUAAAAUAUCCAGGUUCUGGCCUUCACUUGGUGAAAGCUUUGGCCAUGUACAGUUGCAAUGAUUUGAUUUAUCUGUUGCUGCAUUGCAAUGCUGUAGUGUUUAGUGCCAUUUCAGGUUUCUCCUUUUUAAUGACCUCUGUGGGAACACGCUAACCAAAAUUCAAAAAGAAAACACAACUUCAAAUUACCGCUUCUCUUCAUCGUGCUCCUUUACAAAUUACUGCUUCCUCCCCUCACAGAUUGAGUAACAAUUGUCACCACGAUUACACUUUUAAUUAGUGGCCUCUGUUCUUUAAAAAAAACAGUAGCUUCGAGGACUGAGUUAAGCAUCUUCAGCCUUGAAAGUGGAUUGAGGUCCCAAACCAUAAAGAUUUGCAAGACAGAAGGCCAUUCAGUUCAAAACAUUCAGACUGUUCAAUUGAUGCCACACGCCUGCUUUUCUGCUACCACUACCCCUACCAGCGAACCUUGCACUUCCUUCCUUUUCCAAUACAUUCUCUUGGGUAGUUAUGAUUGAGAUUCAGUGUCUCUUGUUGUAUUUCAUUGCAUUUUGAUGACAGUUCUUAUAUGGCCUCCACCAUACCACAAUCCCCUCAUUGGUAAAAUUGGUACAAGAGGGUAAAGGCCCAGUAACUGCCCUACUGUUGCCACCAAUGUCUCUGGGAUUUCACAGGGUGAGGUUUAUGCACUUGAUGCUCAGCAAUUUCAGAGGGAAUCAUAGCGCUCCAAUCAACGAGAGCCUUUAGGAUUUAACUGGAUUCUAUAAAAGGGGAGUUAAGUCACCAGAGAAUGAAUAGAUUAAAAGGGAUUUUCCUUGAUAGCUUGUUACAAAAGUCCCCUUUAGGUCUGAGUUGAGUAUGCGUGAUAUAAAAGAAGCAGAAAGCUUCCGUAAAGAGUGAACCAGAGGCAGGAAAGGAUCAUGCUCACUUAGACAGCCAAAUGGAAUUCCAGUGUCAGAGGCCCUCAUGUUGGCCUGGUGCAUUGUGGGGGAAAUAAGCCCACAACUAUGGCCCAUGCUGGUAAGUUUAUCGUGGAUUAUCCUCUGCUGUUUUGAAGAACACAACAAUAAACAAGUUGUUAUGUUUACUUCUCUGCAAUUCUCAAUAUUAAUCAAGCUCCAUCAUUUAGAGUCUAAAUUUGUUGUUGAGAGAGGCAGGGAGAACUGUGUGAGUUUUCUCAGGGCUCGUUUUAAGCAACUCACCACCUUUGGCUUUGCAGGUUCUGAUCACUAACCAAUAGGUAAAUAUAAGCAGAGCCUUUUUACUAACUUGAGCACUACUGCUGUUUAGAAGAAUACUGCUGUUUAGAAGAAUAGUUUAAGGGAUUUGGAUGGGAUUACAGUGAUGGCUGCAGAGACUCACAGUAUAAGUAAGCAACCAUACGGUGAAAAGAGAACCUUUUGUGUUUGUGAAUGGAUCAGUCAGGUAGCUUCGGUCUGUGUCUGAGUAUAGUUGACAUUGACUACCUGUGCUAGAUUACUAGAGAAUGUCCAGUGUUGUACGUGACCAGAUUUGGACAGUACCCUCUGGGAACAACAGGUUGGGAAGUGUGUGGAAGCCUGCGAGGGGCGCAGCCACAGGAUGGAGCCCUUUCACUUUCUCAGCCUGCGGUUGUGAGCUACACUGCAAAUCAGCUCACAUACAUUUCUUUGUCAAUUAAAAGAUGACAUUCCCAGCAGGGAUACACGUAGAACAUAGAACAAGACAGCACAGGCAGAGGACCUUUGAGCCACCAUGAUGUGCCAAACUAAUUAAACUAGUAAUUCAAUGUUCAGCUAAUUCAGCUGCCUACACCAUGUCCGCAAGAUCAGGCCAUUUGGCCCAUUGAGUCUAAUGUUCAUUUAUUAUUAUCAAAGUAUACAACUUGAAAUUCUUCUUCUCCAGACAGCCAUGAAACCAAGAAAGGAAAGAAUGGCAUCACGCUCAUCAACCCCAUCCCCCCCCAAUCCCUCUUUCCCACAGAAAAAAAAACGGAAGUUUGCUCCACCAUUUCAUUAUGACUGAUUUAUUUCCCUCUUAACCCCAUUCUCCUGCCUUCUCUCCAUAAUCUUUCAUGUCCUGACCUAUCAAGAAUCUUAUCAACCUCUCCCUUAAAUAUACCCAAUAACCUGGCUUCCACUGCUGCCUGUGGCAGCGAAUUCCAUAGAUUCACCAUCCUCUGGCUAAAGAAAUUCCUCCUAAUCUCCAUUUUAAAUGGACAUCCCUCUUUUCUGAGGAUAUGCCUCCUGGUCCAAGACCACCACCCCCCCCACCCACUAUAAGAAACAUUCUCUCCACAUCCACUCUAUUUAGGCCUUUCAGCAUUCCAUAGAUUUCAAUGAGAUGCUCUCUCAAACACUUGUCAUUUCAUGAGCCUUUCAUUCCCAGAAUCAUUUUUGUGAACCUCCUUUGAUCCCUCUCCAAUGUCAGCAUAUUCUUUCUUAGAUAAGGGGCCCAAAACAUUACUCUAAAUGAAGCCUCACCAGUGCCUUAUAAAGCCUCAGCAUUACAUCCUUGUUUUUAUAUUCUAGUCCUCUCAAAAUGAAUGUUAAUAUUGCACUUGCCUUUCUCACCACCUGCAAGUUAGCUAAGUUAAAGUCUUGUCCCGAGCCUUAUAGACUUAUCAGGCCGGUGCUUAUGCCGGUUUCUGUGGUGUGAAGCAACAGAGUAUGAGACUCCCCCUCCUGGAUAGGAUGCCAAUCUAUCGCAAGGUUAACCCCCAGCAUUCAGCUGGGUGGACUGGAGCAUUGUGUGGUUAAGUGCCUUGCUCAAGGACACAACAUGCUGCCUCGGCUGGGGCUCGAACUCACGACCUUCAGGUCGCUAGUCCAACACCUUAACCACUUGGCCACGUGCCACACCUGCAUGUUAACCAUUAGGAAAUCCUGCACAAGGACUCCCAAUUCUCUUUGCAUCUCGAAUUUUUAAAUUUUUUUCUCCCCAUUUUAAAACAGUCUACAUUUUUAUUCCUUAUACCAAAGUGCAUGACCACACACUUCCCGACACUAUGUUCCAUCAGCCAUUUCUUUGCCCAUUACUGUCUAAGUCCUUCUGCAGCCUCCCUGCUUCCUCAAUGCUACCUGCCCCUCCACCUAUCUUCAUAUUGUUUGCAAACUUGGCCACAAAGCCAUCAGAUCCAUCAUUCAAGUCAUUAACAUAUAACAAUCUCAACAGAGACCCCUGUGGAAUACCACUAGUCAUUGGCAGCCAAUCAGAAAAGCUCUUUUUAUUCCCUGUCUUUGCCUCCUGCCAAUCAGCUAAUGCUCCAUCCAUGCUAGUAUCUUUCCUGUAAUACCACGGCCUCCUAUCUUGUCAAGCAGCCUCAUGUGUAGCACCUUGUCAAAGGCUUUCUGAAAAUACCAGCGCACAACAUCCACGGAAUUUCCUUUGUCUACCCUGCCUGUUAUUUCAUCAAAGAAUUCCAACAGAUUUGUCUGGCAAGAUUCUUGACUUUGACCUAUUUUAUCACGUGCCUCCAAGCACGCUGAAACCUCAUCCUUUAUAAUGAAAUCUAACAUUUUCCCAACCACUGAAGUCAGGGUAACUAGCCUGUAAUUUCCUUUCUGCUGCCUCUCUCCCUUCUUAAAGUCUGGAGUGACAUUUGCAAUUUUUGAGUCCUCUGGAACCAUGCCAGAAUCUAGUGAUUCUUGAAAGAUCGUUACUUAUGCCACCACAAUCUCUUCAGCUACAUCUUUCAGAAUCCUGGGGUGUAGUCCAUCUGGUCCAGGUGACUUAUCUACCUUCAGACCUUUCAGCUUCCCAAGCACUUUCUCUCUAGUAAUAGCAACUGCACUUAUUUCUGUCCCUAUCACUCUCAAACAUCAGGCAUACAGUUAAGAGUCUUCCAUAAUGAAGAUAGAUGCAGAAUAGUUAUUCAAUUCAUCCCCCAUUUCCUUGUCUCCCAUUACUAGCUCUCCAGCAUCAUUUUCCAGUGGUCAGAUAUCUAAUCUCACCUCUCUUUUACUCUUUAUAUAAAUCUUUUGGUAUCCUCUUUGAUAUUAUUGGUUAUCUUACCGUCAUAUUUAAUCUUUUAUCUCCUUACAGCUUUUUUAGUUGUUUUCUGCUGGUUUUUAAAAGCGACCCCAUUCCUCUAACUUCCCACUAAGUUUUGCUCUAUUAUAUGCCCUCCCUUUUGCUUUUAUAAGCUGGCCGGUGGUGUAGUGGCAUCAGCAUCGGACUUCAAGGCGAGUGGUCCCGGGUUUGAAUCCGGCCAGCUCCUUGCACAUUUUCCAUCUGUGCUGAGUUGAGCAUUGAGCUAGCAAAUCAGCCUCGUAAAAAAACAAACAAAAUGGUAAAGAAUCUGCAAAGUGCCACCCGAUGCACCGCAGAGAGGAAUAACAACAACUUUUGCUUUUACAUUGGCUUUGACUUCCCUUGUCAGCCACAGUUGUGUCAUACUACCUUUAGAAUACUACUUCUUUGGUAUGUAUCUAUCCUGCGCCUUCCAAGUUGCUCCCAGAAACUCCUGUCAUUGCUACUCUGCCAUCAUCCCUGCUGGUGUCCCCGACCAAUCAACUGUGUCCAGCUCCUCUCUCAUGCCUCUGUAAUUCCCUCUACUUAAUGUACUACGGAUACAUUUGACUUUAGAUUCUCCUCAAACUGCAGGGUGAAUUCUAUCCUAUUAUGAUCACUGUCUCCUAAGGGUUCCUUUACCUUAAAGCUCUCUAAUCAAAUCCAGUUCAUUGCACAACGCCAAAUCCAGAAUAGUUGAUCCCCUAGUGGACUCAACCACAAGCUGUUCUAAAAAGCCAUUUCAUAGGCAUUCUACAAAUUCUCUCUAUUGCAAUCCAAAAUCAGCACCAAGCAAAUAUUCCCAAUAUACCUGCAUUUUGAAAUUCGCCCAUCACUAUCAUAACAUCGCCAUUUUGACAUGCAUUUUCAAUCUCCCAUUGUAAUGGUCCACAUCCCCCCAUUCUCUGCACAGUCAAGUGCCCAUCUAAGAGCUGUUGAUAUGCCUCCAUCAUAUUUGCCUCCAUCACCACCCCUGGCAGCGCAUUCCAGGCACCUACAACUCCAUCACUCCUCAUGUUAUAUGCAAGUCCUCUAGUAUCCAAUAUCUCCUGAUAGCACAUGCCCUACAAUGCAGGCAGCACCCUAGUCAACCUCUUCUGCACCCUCUCUAAAGCCUUAACAUCCUUCCUGUAGUGAGGUGACCAGAACUGUACGUAAUACUCCAGAUACAGUGUUAACUAUAUUUUUAUAAAGCUGCAGCACAAAUUCCGAAUUAUUGAACAAAAAGGCAAGUGUCUUCUUUACCACCCUAUCCACCUGUGGGCUUGGAUCCCAAGAUCCUUCUGUACAUCACCACUGUUAGGGUCCUGCAAUUAACUGCGUGACUUUGAUUUAAUAUUUUUUUUAAGGAAACAGAAAACUUAAGUUUAAAGUGUUUAACUUUCCCUUUAAAACUUGUAUCGAGACACCGUCCAUAUAUGGAGACCGCCUCGGUUGCAGUUGACUUAUAUUUAACACAGACUUUAUCAUCAGGACUGGAGCACAAGAUCCAGGCCAAAGAUUUGUCAGCGCAGAUGCGAGGCCUUCUGACCCGUUAAUUUGGCUGCUGCCUCUCUUGAGUCACUAAACCAAGGUUAAAGUGUUCAAGACCAUGCUGCUUUAUUCAGAGAGCAAGGAGCUCCCUCAGCCGCCAACUGCAGGGAAGGUUCUGUGGGCCUCGCUCUGUGCAGACUUUGCAGACAGUGUUCGUUGGUGGAGUGUACCCAAGUCCUGCAAGUUUUGCCUCCAGUCUCUGUGGUAAAACACUGACAAAUUGACCCGACCUCACCAAUAACCCUUUCAUCUAUUUACCAAGGCCACUGACCAAGUGCUGGAGGAUAGAAGGGUGGUAUCCUUCUGACCAAGUAGGUGGUCAGUAUAGACAUAAUGGACUGAAGGGUCUGUUUCAGUGCUGUAAUAAUUAAUAACUUGACUUGUCCAACAAAUACACAGUGUCCCAAUUUGACGCUGCUAAUUAAUUUACAUGCUGCCUUUAAAAUGAAGAGUUGUCCGAGUUUCAAACCCUCUGUUCCCACGGUUACACACAUGACAGUCACACCCAAAAUUUUUCUGAAAGUGUCCCAGUUUUAACCAGAACACAUUCAAUAUGCAUGAAUCAUCAGAACUUCCUGACCACUCAGGCUCACUUUAACCUGCCUUCCCUCCACAAGAGCUGAUCUCAAAACAUAUUCACAGUGGGGACAUGAGAGGCUGCAGAAGGUGGAGCCUGUUGCAAUAGAAAACCUGCUGGAGGAACUCAGUGGGUCAAGCAGCAUGUGUGGGAGGAAGGGGAUAAAUCCUGAUGCAGGCUUUUGACAGUUCCUCUCCCUCCACAGAUGCUGCUCAACUGGCAGAGUUCCUCCAGCAGAUUGUGAAUUCACAAUAGGAUUGCUUUGUAUUAUUGAGACACUACCACUUCCCCACCAGGACCAGGCAUGAAGCAAAGACAUUCAAUGUUAGUUCACCAAAUCUUGCUGGUGUGAAAGCAAAAUAUUGCUCAAAAGCUUCAGGUUGGUGUGGUCAGAGGGAGAAGCACCGCACAUUUUACAUUCACUCUCUCCAAAGAUGCUGGUCGACCUGCUGAGUUUUAUUCCCAAUUCUCAGCACCCAAAAAAGAAGCAACAUAACUCUCUUCUGCAUCACCUCUCUGCACCUCUCCAGUCUUGAGAGGGGAAUCAAUACUCAGAUAUGUGUAAAAAAAAUUCUUCUUUUAAGCAAUUGUAGAGGUUGUAUGCAUGAGCAUAUAUCACAAAGGACAAAGAUAAGGAAGCAGCUAAUUUAAAGUUGUGUUCUUGAUUUUGUUUUCUCUCUGCUACCUGGCCUCUUUAAUGCUUUUUUUCUUUUUGCCCUCCAUUUAAUAGGUAGCUUUAAGAUGCAGAUAUAUUUACAUAUACGUAUGUACAGUAUGUGUGCGUGAGUGUGUGUGUGUGCGUGUGCAUGCGUGUUUUUUUUUGAAAAGACUAAUGCGAGCCAUUGAACAUUCUUCUAAAGCUUUGCUGGGAGUUUAGAAAUGGUGUUGGCAGGGACUAGGGAAGUUAGAGAGAUUGCUUCGUUAUAUUGCUGACUUAAAAAAAAUCAAUUUAACUCUUAGUAGAAAUGAAACACAAAGAAACUGCUUUAAAUGAAAUGUUUCAAUUGAACACUUUUAUAGAUUUUUAGAGAGGGAUGCCAUGUCUUUCCUUUUUAAAUGUGUUGAUGAGGAUAGUUUUGUUGAUGCGAACAGUCAUGCAUUAUUCUGUUUUGUGCUGAAAUAGUUUUUAUUUGAAUUGUUUUUAUUUUUUGUUAGGGAGAGUGGAUGUGCUUGUAUUGAAGCUCUCACUUCCAUUUUCUAAAGUGAAUGUUGUUCUUUAGUGUUGAGUCAGGCAUCAAUUUUGGAUGAAAAAUAUAUUGUGCUUGCUAGGUCCCCCACAGCGAGAUGAGAAGGCCCUCUCAGUACACUGGCCCCACCCUUUGGUUCCCAUUAAAGGCAGCCAGGUUGGGGAAGAAGGGUGUUCAGGGCAGUAGGAGAAUAGAUGGGUUGGGGAUGGCCUCUGUAUGCUGAGACUAGUUCAGCCUAACUGGCCCAUUUGGACUGUAGACGUACUGAGGAGGCACAUAACAUUCUCUCUGAGCCGAACAUUGAAUGAGACCUAUCGGCUCCAGACCAGAUGCAACUUCCUUCUGGAAUGGUGCACAGACUGACAUCAAGGGAAGGAGAUGGGGCAGUGACUAUUCACCAUCCCUCCAUGUAAGUGCUAUUCAAACCAAUAGUUAUCUCGUACCACUGCAGACCCCCUUCUCGCCUGACAUCACCAUCUCACCCCCUCCCGGUCUGUCAAACAUGCCCCUUCUUUUAUCACCCUGACACCAGCUCCUGGUCACAGGGACAUGACGUUGUCCCCCCAGUGGACGGGGGGUGGGGGGGGGGCUUAUGUAGUCGCCAUACAAGGUGGCCACCAACAGGUGUGCAUCAUCACAAUCAGCUGCCACUCAGCGCCAAGCAUGCAGAGACUUCCUUGUUGAGCUGGGAGUCAGGCAGUCGUGGUAGCCAUCAGGGCCUCUUUCCCAGAACAGUACACUGCAACCACCCCCUCACCCUACCUCUCCCCCAAGCCUGGUCAUACAGUUACUGCAAACAACUCUACGCAAAAUUGGUGCCUAAUUUCCAGUCGGAUGCAAGGCAAUUGGCUGGUUACCCUUAGAGUGUUCUAUUUACCAAAGAUUCACCCAUCCAUUUCCAUCUACCAGUCACUGAGGAAGCUUUAUCUCCACACUCCAUUAUACAGUUUUUGCCUGCAUGUUACUGGACUGCUUUACUGUGUGUUUCCUCUGGAUCCAGGAGCACUAUCGUGUACAGUAUCCGCUGCUACGGUCACAACCAUGAAGGAAAUGUACUGUCUUUGGUUGUGCAACCACAUACUCAGACACACAAACCGCAAGAACUCACAUGAACACACACACACACCACAAAAAUGUAAAGUGCACAUACCACAAAAACUUACGUAAUACACACAUGUCACACACACAAGAAUUUACAUAGAACACACACACACCACAAAAACUCACAUGAAUACACACUCAUAUGCACCACAAAACCUGAUGUAAUACACAUAAAUUAUAGUCACACAAAAUUCUACAUGAAUACACAGCACAAAACUUACAUAAUGUUUACACAUCACAUGCACACAUACUAACAUACAUUUCACACACACCACAACUUGUGUGAAUACACACCUCAAACACAUACACAGUCAUACAAUUGACUGCACAAACUUGCCUGAAUACACAAAGAUUCACCUUCAGACAAAUGUACACAUCCUCACACCAAGGUGUGUUUUGAAACUAUGAAAUUGCUGAUUGAGUUCUGGGUUUGGGGUUUUGAAUAUUCAGAUUGGCCACUUAACCACAGCCCAAGGCACAAGCUCAACUAACUCAGCAGCCCAGUUUGCUGGGUUGUUUGUUGCUGUUGGUGCAAUUUUGGGGUAGGCUGGGGGCAGAGCUACAAGAGUGAGCACUUGUUGCUGGAGGUUUUUCCCUUCCCCUGAUCCUGGAUGUGAAAGAUCCAGUCACCCCUAAUGUCAUGUCCAGCUUUCACUUCACUAAUAUCAGAUGUGACUUGGCCUCCACAGCUGCCUGUGGCAAUGAAUUCCACAGAUUCACCAUUCUCUAGCUAAAGAAAUUCCUCUUCAUCUCCGUUCUAAAUGGACGUCCAUCUUUUCUGAGGCUGUGCUCUCUGGUUCUAGACCCACCCACAAGAGGAAACAUCCUCUCCAUGCCCACUUGAUCCAGACAUUGCAAUAUUCGAUAGGUUUCAGUGGGAUUCCCCCUCAUUUUUCUGAACUCCAAUGUAUAUAGGCCCAGAGUUUCCUCCUAGGUUAACCCUUACAUUCCCAGAAUCAUUCUCGUGAAUCUCCUCUGGACCUUCUCCAAUACCAGCACCUCUUUUCUUAGAUAAGGGUCUCAAACUGCUCACAAUACUCCAAAUGCAUUCUGACCAAUGCCUUAUAAAGCCUCAGCAUUACGUCCUUGCACUUAUAUUCUAGUCCUCUCAAAAUGAAUGCUAACAUUGCAUUUGCCUAUCAUACUACUAGCUCAACCUGUAAGUUAACCUUCAGGGGGAUCCAUGACAGUUUGCAACUCUGAAUUUUGAAAUUUCUCCCCAUUUAGAAAACAAUCUAUGGCUUUCUUCCUUCUACCAGAAUGCAUGACCAUACACUUUCCUACACUAGAUUUCAUCUGUCACCUCUUUGCCCAUUCUUUCAAUCUGUCUAAAUUGUUCUGCAGACUACCUGCCCCUCCACCUAUCUUCAAAUUAUCCACAAACCUGGCUAAAAAGCCAUCAAUUCUAUCAUCCAAAUCAUUGGCAUAUAACAUGAAAAGAAGUGGUUCCAACACAGACCGCUGCAGAACACCACUAGUCACCACACCAACAGCCAAUCCAAAAAGACCCCCUUAAUUCCCACUCUUUGCCUCCUGCCAGUCAGCUAAUCUUCUAUCCAUGCUAGUAUCAUUCCUGUAAUACCAUGAGCUCUUAUCUUGUUAAGCAGCAUCAUGUGCAGCACCUUGUCAUGGGUCUUCUGAAAAUCCAAAUAAACAAUAACCACUGACUCUCCUUUGUCUAUCCUGCCUGUUAUUUCCUCAAAGAAUUCUAAUGGGUUUGUCAGGUGAGAUUUCCCUUUAAGCCUUCAGCCUAUUUUAUCAUGUGCCUCCAAACACCCCAAAACCUCAUCCUUAACAAUGGACUCCAAAAUCUUCCCAACCACUGAGGUCAGGCUAACUGGCCUAUAAUUUCCUUUCUUUUGCCUCUCUCCCUCCUUGAAGAGUGGUGUGACAUUUAUAAUUUUCCAGUCCUCAGGAACCAUUCCAGAAUCUAGUGAUUCUUAAAGAUCUAAUGCCUUCACAAUCUCUUCAGCUGCCUCUUUCUGAAUCCUGGGGUGUAGUCCAUCUGAUCCAGGUAACUUAUCUACCUUCAGACCUUUCAGCUUCCCAAGCACCACCUCAUUUGUAAUAACAACUACACUCACUUCUGCCCCUGACACUUGAAUUUCUGGCAUACUGCUAUUGUCUUCCAUAGUGAACUACAUUAACUUCAUAUUUCAGCUUUUCCCCCUUAUGGCAUUUUUAGUUGCCUUCUGUUGGUUUUUAAAAGCUUCCCAGUCCUCCAACUUCCCAUUAAUUUUCACUAUAUUAUAUGCCCUCUCUUUUGAUCUUAAUGCUGUCUUUGACUUCCCUUGUCAGCCAUGGUUGCCUCAUCCUCCCUUUAGAAUACUUCUUCAUCUUUGGAAUGUAUCUGCCCUGCACCUUCUGAAUUGCUCCCAGAAUCUUGCUGUGCACCUGCUGUGAGUUACUAUGAGGCACGAGACAAAAGUGAGUUUCAGCUUCUGGAAUCAAAGAUUGAGUGGUUAAUAUUUUAGAACAUAGAACACUACAGCACAGUACAGCCCUUUGGCACAUGGUACUGUGCCAAGCUUUUAACCUCCAAGAUAAUUUUAACCCUUUCCUCCAACACAGCCCAUAUCCUUCCAUUUUGCUUUCAUCUAUUUGCCUAUCUGAGUCUCUUAAAUCUACCACCUCUCCUGGCAGUGUGUUCCCUGCACUUACUACUCUCUGUGUAAAAAUACCUACCUCUGACAUCCCACCUAUACUUUUCUCCAAUCACCUUAAAAUUAUUACCUGGAAAAAAGCUGGCCAUCUUUAUAUAACCAAGCUUCUAGAGUUGCCUCCAACUCAAAAGAGUUAACUCAGCAUCCUUCAUUUGUUAAGUUGUAGCUCUUAAAAGCUGGCCCAACUACUAUUCCCUGGCCAAUACCUUCCCUUGCUGGCUGCUUCAGUGUGUAUUUGACCUACAAUGUUUUCCAAUCUCGCCAGCACAGGCCACGAUCAACUUCACUGAGCGUAACCUUCUGCCAUUUAUAAAAUAGGGCUACACACAGGCCUGAAUCACCUGGGACUUUCUGUCCCCAAGAAAGCGGGGAGUUUCUUCUUGUGCCAGAUUCUUCCCCCAAGUUUAAACGUGAGAAGAAUUUCAUAGUUUCAGAAAACACGAUCUGCUGCUGCUAAGCCACUGGGAGACCUGAGUUUGUCUUCAUCUGACGACCAUCAUGUAAACAUUACUGCUUCUUGUUUUUUUGGUUCUGCUCUGUUACUCCCUGGUCACAAAAUUGAGUGCUUUAAACAGGUGACAGAUUUGAACUUUAGUAAAACCGACAAUGGAAUUGUUUGUGACGGUUUUAUUCUGUAUCUAAAUACUGUCAACAUACUAGAAAAUAGUGAGGUGCCGCCAUAUCAGGAUACAAAGGCUUGGGGGAGGUGGGAAGGGAACAAGAUUGGGGCAACUGGCACCUUUUUUGGUAUUGGCAAUGGGCUGAUAUGGAUGCAGCUAAGCAGGAUCAGGCUCUGGAGGACAACAUUGAACGCUAUCGAGAAAAGGAAUAACAACCAAGAGCUUGGGGAGCAAGCCCUGAGUCUAAAUCUCCUUGGUCAUAUACCGUUACCACCAGAGAGAGCCAGGAGGUGGUUUUCCUGGCAUCUCUUCACAGUGCCCUCAGUCUGAGGUGUGUGUGAAUGAAAAUAUCGCUAUGGACGAAUGCAUGAGGGACUGGAAGAGUGAAUGGAAAAUGUGAGUGGAGAAAAAAGGUGAGUGAGAAAGAUCAGAGAGAAAAAAAGUGAGGCAAGAAAGGGAGAGUGAGUGGAGAGAAAAAGGAAGUGCGUGUGAGGGAAGAAAUUCUGGGAGAUGAUUGUGCAGAAUAAGGAAACGGUGUGGGACUGAGGGAGUGUGGUGAGUGAGUACGGGCAAUGUGCAAUAAGUGAGUAGAGGGAGUGUGAACGGGCGGUAUGUGUGUGUGUUGUGAGUGCGAGUGAGGAGUUGCAUGUGAGUAUGGGGCGUGUGAACAGGAGUGAGCUGUCAGUGUGUGGGUAGUGAGUAGGAGUUGGGCAUUGGGAGCAAGGCACCACGAGACUGGGGUUUACACCUCUGGAGCUGUGUGAUAUUAAUGUCAUAACUCACCUUGUUACUGCACCUGGCAAGGAACAGAAGGGGGGAAAAACCCGCAGGCCUCUGACACCUGACCAGAGCAGAAAUGCCUGGGAGAAACAGAUGUAUUUUGGCCUUUCAGCAGUCAGUCUGUUCAUCUCUUCUUUGCCACGCAUACUCUAAGGGUGCAGAAGCAUUCAGAACUUUAAAGAUAGUGAUCUGUGAAAAGUCAGAACUGAACUGCGGAUACUGUAUAGGAAAAUUUGAAAAUAACACUUGACCAUGCAUCUGAACACAACACUUCCUAAAAGAAAUAUUAAUGAUCAGCAGAAUGUAAACAUUUAAUGCAGACUGCAGGGAAUAUCUAGUUCUGAAGAACACAUGCAGGGUAGCUUUGUUCAGGUAUGAAUUGAGGACUGCAAUGGUGGCCCUGUGCUCUCUGCUGGUAAUCCCAGAUCCUACAUCCUGGGAAAAUGGCUGCCGCAGGAGCUCAGGAGAACUGAGGGAACUUGGAGGAUUCACUGAGGCAGCAGAGGGAAUUCCAUGAGAAACUCAGGAAUACAAAAGUUCCUUGUAAAUGGUAGGCACACUGGAAUAAUGCAAUGUCUUGACUUUAUUUCAAUAGCAAGAGAGAGAAUAGAAAUUCUAUGAACCAGUUUUUCUCUGAUAUCAUGAAUGUUAACACUUGGAUGCUUGCAAGCACCUAAUUUAAAGUGUUGGUGAGUUACAUAAACCCCACAGCUGUUGACAAAAUGGAAUCAACUGAGGGAACAUCUGGCAACAGUGGGUCCGGACCAGAAAUUGGAGCCAUCAAUGCAAACUUAUUGUGCAAAUCACCCAUUAAAAUGAUUUCACUAGUGAUCAUUUCUGAGUGUAAUU